AUGAAGAGGAGGGUCUGCAUCGGCCUCGUGCUGGCCGCCGCCGCCGCCUGCCUGGCGCGACCGGCGGCCGAGGCUCCGCGCUGGCCCCGCGCCGCCGCCGCCGCCGCCGCCGCGCCGCGCCGGGAGCGGGACCUGGAGCAGCAGCGCCUCGUCCCCCGCCUCCUGCCGCAGCUGCUCGCAGAGCUGAGCACCCAGCAGGGCUACGUGCACGGCGCCGAGGUCCUGCACGACCACUACUACUACCCCGACUGGAUGGACUUCGGCCGCCGCAGCGCCGAGGACUCGUCCGCCGCCGCCUAGCCCGUGCCGCUCGCGCCCGGGGGCGCAGAGCGCGAGCGCGCUCGCUGCGUGGAUCUUCCCGCAGUAAAGCUCUGGCGCUACGGCCCUGCUGCAGCGCAGAGCACGAGCACACUCGGUGCAUGGAU